AUGACACACAGGGUAUUGAUCUGUGGUGAUCUUGUCUGGGCGGAUGCCGAGGCUAAAGAUAUGUUUCAGGGCCUAGCUGACGUUGUCCGCAUGGAUUCGCCCGACAGAGCAGAUUUCUUGAAGGGCUUUCAGCCUGGCGGAAAGUACGAAGGCAUUAUCGGUGUUUACCGGCAUAACGUCUCUGCGGACCGCAUUGGAAUUUUUGACAAGGAAAUCAUCGCUGCUCUCGCACCCAGCGUGAAAUGGAUCGCCCACAAUGGAGCCGGGUACGACCAGAUCGACGUUGCGGCAUGCAAAGAGAAGGGUAUCAAGGUCUCUAAUACUCCGGGAGCCGUGGACGACGCAACGGCGACAACUGCUCUCUACCUCGUCAUCUCCACCUUGCGCCAGUUCGCGCGAGGCGAGCGUAGCUUGCGUGCGGGCAAGUGGAAAUCCGAGGUUUCGUCUGCUGCGACGCACGACCUUACAGGACGUACACUCGGCGUCCUCGGCAUGGGCGGAAUUGGCGGACGCCUUGCGGAAUUGUGCCAUGCAUUCCCGAUGCGCGUCAUAUAUCAUAACCGCAAGCCCUCCGCGGAAGCCCCGGAGUGGGCCGAGUACGUGGGCGAUAUCCAAGAGUUCCUCAAGCAGACGGACGUGUUGAGCGUGCAUGUGCCGUUGAACAAACAGACGGAGGGCCUUGUGGGCGAGAAGGAGAUCAGGGCCUUGAAGAGGGGAUCCGUCAUCGUCAACACUGCGCGUGGCAAGGUCAUCGACGAACAGGCGAUGAUUCGAGCAUUGGAAGACGGCCAUCUUGCAUCCGUCGGGCUCGAUGUCUUCCCGAAUGAACCGGAGGUGAACCCACGCCUGCUCGAAUUCCCAAACAUCACACUGCUCCCGCAUUUGGGAACGGAGACACAGGACUCGCAGAAGAAGAUGGAGAUUAGGGCGCUAACGAACCUUCGGGAUUACCUCACUACCGGCCACGGCAAAGAUCUGGUUGGCGAAUUCAAAUAG